GGGCUUGGAGUAACGCUCGGAGCGGCGGCGAUGGCCCCGGAGCGCGGUGACCGCUCAUUCCCCGCCGGGACCGAGGGUCUUCCCCGAGUUUUCCUGCAGAGCCUGCGGACUCUUUUCGAUAUCCUGGAUGACCGGCGGCGGGGCUACGUGCACCUACGGGAGAUCGAAUCGCGCUGGCGGGGAGCGGAAGCCCAGGAGCUGCCCGCCGGGGUGAUGGAGGGGUUGCGGCAGGCGGCGCCGGCCAGCGGCUACCUGACCUUCGAGAGGUUCGUGCUGGGGCUGCGGGCGGCCCUGCCUGAGGCUGUGCCCCCGGUGGAGGGUGGCAGCGGCGGACGGCGGAGCGUGGAGAAGCUGCCAAGCCCUCGCUGUUCCGAGGAGCGACGGGGGAAGAGCACCGGGCAGCAGGAACCGGGGCACGGCCAGCCCCGAGGCCGCGGUGGUGUUGCAAAGUCUGCUGGGCAGUCCCAGGGAGACAAUGGCCACCUGGGGGCUGGGGACAUUCGGAGGCACCAGAGAGGCCAUGCAGAACAUCGGAGACACACCAUCACCAAUGGCGUGGACUUCAGCAUGCUGAAGUACAUGAAGGAGCUGGAACAGGAGAAGGAUUUCCUGUUGCAGGGUCUGGAGCUUAUAGACCAGACUCGAGAAUGGUACCACCAGCACAUCCAGCUCAUGCAGGAGCACCAGCAGCUCCUGGGGAAGAAGAGAACCAGUGCUGAUUUCCCUGAAGGUGGCCAGAGCUACCUGGGGCGCUUGGUCCCCAAGCUGCAGGAGGUGAACCGCUGCCUGGGUGACCUUCUUUCCACUGCUGGCAAGACAGGAAACCCCUCCUCAGCCCUGAGCAGGCUGGUCCCUGUGGCAUCCCCAGCCUCCACAGGCUCCCAGCAAGCCAUCAACAUGCUGAAGGAGCAGAAUCGGCUUCUCACCAAGGAGGUGACUGACAAGAGCGAGCGUAUCACCCAGCUGGAGCAGGAGAAAUCUGCCCUGAUCAAGCAGCUCUUCGAGGCUCGUGCCCACAACCAUGAGAUGAGCCAGCUGGACUCCACCUUCAUCUAGCACAUGCCUCCCCUGCCCCAUCCCCAAACUUCCCCAGGGGCUUCAAGGGACUUUUUCCCCAAACUCAUCA